GGGCAGUGCUUGAUUGUUGACUUAAAUUUCGAAAAUAAGUAGUGUGAAGUUAAUAUUUAGUGUGUAAUUUUAUACGUAAAUAAUUAAGUUUGUGAAUUUUACAAUGGGUCAUAGCCAUUCUAAAGCUCAAAAGAAACGAUCUAACCCACCGUCUACUCAACGCUUAUACCCCAACAUCCAAGAAUCAGCCUACGGCCGUCCCUAUACGCCUGAUUUUCAACCACCACCUGCUUACUCACAAGAUGCCUGUAUUGGUAAUACGAUACCCACUUGGAACCCGAGUUACUACAACGCCCCUGCGCCUUCAGCCCCGCUCGAAGUACGGCACGAGGAAGUACUUGUGGGUAGAAAAAGUUUAACGAAGCAAGAUGGAUUGAAAAUGGGACAAGAAUCGGAACCUGCACGGAAUCAAAAAAACAGCGAGAUGAAGGAAAAGUAUAUGAACAAGAAACCGUGCCCAAACGCGAAAGAUGGGUGCAUAUUGCAUUUUGACUCUGAAGAGAUGAUGCAACAUUUGAAGGAGUGCAUUUUUAUGGAUAUCCAGUGUCCUCUUAACGGAGUUAUUGGGAUAUGUGCUUGGGAAGACAAAAUGAAAAACAUACUGACGCACUUCAAAGACAAUCACCGGGAGAACAUCGGCCACGUCAACAAAGUGAAACUCCUGACCGGCGUUCGAACUAUCCACUUGGUCUAUAUGAUGAACCCCAAGCCACACAAGUUCCUACUUCACAUCAAAGUAGAUGAGGCUAUGGAGAGAAUCCUAGUCGCUGUACAACUGUACAACACACAGUUCUGCGCGUCGAAGUGGUUUUACAAAGUCAUUAUUCAGCCAACCGAUCCUAAGAGUCGCAAUUUGACGCUGCAAGGUACUUGUAUUUCAAGUGGGAUGUCGAUAGAAGAUCAUUUUGACAAGCUGAAGUGUAGGGUGGUACGUAUGACCCCUAAUUUGAUGCAGGAGUUUAAAAAUGGUGGACUGAAAUACAAGUAUCUCUUAAUGCAGAAGGGAAACGCCAAGGAGACUAGCAAAUAAAAAAACAUUUUAUCGAACAUUUUUGUUUGAUCUAUUUACCGGAGAGAGAACGCACGGUUUGCAAGAUUAUGGUUAGAGAUGCUACUUUCGUAAAGGUUACUACGAGUACGUACCUAAGUAUACA